GCCGACAGUCAAACACUCCAGCUCGUUCGCAUUAGUGCGUGAAAGGUAGCCGUAUUGGUGCCUCAUGUGUCCACCUCGUUUCCUAGCAGCACAUAGUCGCACCAGACUCGAACAAUCAAAUCGUAGAAACCGGCUAUCGCCACUCGCGACAGCUCCUAGGAAGAAAUCAACUUACUUUUCUCCCGGACCUUUGUCGCAAUGGCGCAUAGAAUCGAUGCCUCCUCCCAUAGCUCCCCCGCCCUCCCCUUAGCCUUCCUUCUCCUCCUCGUCCCCUGUCUCGUCGUGAGCGCAAACGAAGCGAGCAGGUUACCUGACGCCCCCUGCGACUCCGACGGCAGUCAGUCCGCGCACUUCUGGUGGCCCUGGAGCACCGGAGCCCGCAAGAUCACUGCCAGGCGAUUGGUCCAGACACGCUCUGCUGAGGUAACAGCUGCCGCCGGUAGAAUGCUUGCGACCAAGAACGAUUCGCCAUUGCCGAGUAGACUGCCGGCCGUGCCAUCGCCCACUCCCACUGCGACGACUUCGGCGAGCUCGCAGAAGAGCACCCAGAAGAGCAAGGCGAAGUCGCCCAAGGGCAGCGUGAGCACGGGCGUCAUGCCACCCUCGCCGUCCACCUCGCCGCCACCAAAGAAAAAUCCCCCCGGCACUAAGUCCCCUGCUCCUGCCUCUGGCGGAAAGACUCCUGCAACGGGGGGGAAAUCCCCGCCGAAUAAGAACCCAGCGUCUCCGCCAAAGGGCGGAAACACCCCUGGUGGAAAAACGCCUCCAGGCACAACCAAGCCCCAAUCGCCAAAACUUCCUCCAAGCAGCCCUCCCACCCCUAAGUCUCCGCCUUCCCCUCCCAAGAACACCAACACUUCCUCCCAAAAGCCCCCCGCCUCCCCCGCUUCCCCUGCCGCCCCCGCCAAGCCCCCCACGCCCUCCCCGCCGCCCGCGCCAAAGCCGCGGCCGCCGAAGCGGCGCGACGCGAACGAGACGGUGCCGACGGGGCCGAGCAACGCGGUGGGGUCGGCGGACUGCCAGUACCAGGGGGCGAAGGAGCUGGCAGCGUGCGCCGUGGGGUUCGCGCAGACGGCGGGUGUGAGGGGCGGGCAGGCGCUUGACGUGACGCGGUACACGGUGGAGAGCGAGUACGACACGCUGGACGGAUCGCGCAUGUCGGUGGGGUCGCUGCGGUGGGCCGUGACGUACCUGCGCGACGGGGCGUACAUCCGGUUCGCGCGGAGCAUGGAGAUCGUGCUGCAGGGUAACCUGUUCCUGCGACCGCGCACGACGAUCGACGGGCAGGGCUUCCACGUGCGCAUCACGAAUGGCAGCAUCGUGAUUCAGAACGUGAACGACGUCAUCGUGCACAACAUCGAAGUGUCGGGGCAGCCGCGCGGCGAUCUGAUCCCCAUCUACAACAGCUCGCGCGUCUGGGUGGACCACUGCCGCCUCUACGGCGGGCUCACGGGCACGGUUGACGUGGGCAAGGGCAGCACUGACGUCACCAUAUCCAACAGCUACGUCAGCAGCUAUGGUCAGACGAUGCAGCUCGGGCUUUCCGACGUGGAGAAUGCCGAUACCGCGAUGCGGGUCACUCUGUAUCGGAACUGGUUCAACGCGUCUGGCGCCAUGCAGCCGCUGUGCCGUAAGGGAUCGUGCCAUAUCGCGAAUAACGUGUACUCGAGCUGGGGGUACUACGCCAUAGCGGCGCGGAAAGGCGCCGUGAUUCGGUCUGAGAGGAAUUUCUUCCGGCCCGACCCGGCGGGCAGGCGGAAGGAAGUGACGCCGUACUGGAAGGGGAUGCCUCCGACUGACGGCAACUACGAUUCGACGGUCACGAUCGUCUCGAUCGACGACUUCCUGGCCGGCAACGCGACGUUCUCGGACACGGCGUACCGCGGCCCGAAGCCGGUUUUCACGCCGCCUUACGCGCUGACGUUCCCAAAGAGCACGCGCAACCUGGAGGCGUGGGUGCAGGUCAACGCGGGCCCCAAGUACGACGCGCUUCUAGAGCUCGAUCCUCCCAACCCAGACUUCCUCCCCCCCGCGCCCUCACCCCCCCCCGCCCCCGACUCCCCCCCUCUCGCUACUCCUCCGCCUGCCCCCGCCAACGGCACUGAGGGGAAUGGUACCGCCGCCCCCCCUGCCCCCGCUCCCUCUCCGCCGCCCCCGCCGCCCGAAUCUCCCGACUGCCAGUACGCUCCGGGUGCGAGCCGGGCGGAUGAGCUGGCGGCAUGCGCCGUUGGGUUUGCUGCCGCGGGGCUGGCGGGCGGAAAUGGCAGCGCCGGCAAUACGACAGACGGGAGCAGCGCCGCUGGGGGUAACCCUGGCAACGCUGGGCGACCGGUGUACGUGGUUACCCUGGACGAGGACUUCGCAGCGUCCUCGCGACAGGGCUCCCUGCGGUGGGGCAUUUCGAACUUCGCCCGCACGGGCGCCGUGUUCCGGUUCGCGCGCGACAUGACGAUUCAGCUGGCGGCGCCGCUGUACGUGAAGUCGCAGACGACGAUCGACGCUCGCGGGAGGAGCGUGAAUCUGGUGGGGGACAGCUUGCUGGUGCAGCACGCCAGUGGAGUGAUCAUCCACAAUAUCGAGAUGUCGGGCAGCGUGCGCAGCCCGGCGCACAUAGCGCUGUACAACAGCACAGGCGUGUGGAUCGACCACUGCCGCUUCACCAACACAUCCACGUCCUCGGGCGCCAUAGAGCUGGCGCGCAACAGCACGGGCGUCACCAUCUCCAACUGCCACUUCUCCUCCAACCAGCGCGGCUUCACGCUGCACUUGGGCCAGGCCGACGGCGACAACAUCAACUCGGGCAUGAAUGUCACCGUCUACCGCAACUGGUUCGACGGGUCGGCAUCGCCCGCGUGGCAGCCCAUGUGCCGCCUGGGCCUGUGCCACGUGGCGAACAACCUGUACACGGCAUGGACGGCAGACGCCAUGGAGGCGCGCGUGGCGGCGCAGGUGCUGCUGGAGCAGAACCAGUUCGUGGCCGGGCCGGCGUCGCGGCAAGUGGUGGGCAACACCACGGCGCCCGUGCCAGGGCUCGUGGCUGCUGUGAACAACACUCUCCUGCAGGGGACCGAUGGUGGAGCAGUGGGGUCUGCAACGGCCGCCACAUGGGGCCCGGUGUAUGUAGCAGUGGAGGGGGGCGCGCAGGUGUUUGUGCCGCCGUAUGCCUUGGAUCUGGCUCCCCUGGAUGCUAACUUCACUGCGUUUGUGAAGGCCAAUGCAGGCCCACACGCCAAGUAGGAUGGCUGCUGAGAGCAGCAUGUCCGCGUGUGGGCUGAGGCCUGCUCUUGCUGCUCCCCUGCUGGGAUCGCUGUCGGCCAUACAAGGUAGCUUCCAGAUAAUUGGAAGCUCUCGUACCAUGGUACGGUACCGGUAGCUAGGAAUGUAUGGACCAGAAUAGAUCACAUCCAACGGGCCAUGUACCGCUUCUCUGCGUGUGUGAAAGAUUCAACUAACCGGUCAUGUAUUGCUUGCUUGCCAUACCACUUGCUU